GACCCUUGAUGCUUGCGGCCCACCUUCAAUUUCGGAGAUCCGUAUUUUCAAGGAAGAUGAUGUUGGCGAUAGCAAACAAAAUUGCGUGUACGAUCGAACAACCUCGUAUCGAUCCACUUGAAAAUAUGGAUCUCACGAGGUUGGCCUUUUGGAAUAAAUACAUUUGACAUGCAGUUCCCCCCGUAGAACUCCACAGCUUGUUAUCUUUGCUUUUUUUCCUUUCACAUGUUUAAACGUCAGAGUAUUCCCUCAUGGGGAUUGUGGUGCUGGUGCUUGUUGUUACAGUCGAAAAAUGCAAGUGCGAAGUCGUCGAAAUUUCAGGAUUUGAAUGAACAGUACGGUGGUGCGUUGACGGACUCGGGCGAUUAUCUGUAUGGGUCGAAUAAAUGGGGUGAUGAUGGCAGUGGAAGUCAGAAUAUGACUGUUCUUCUGGCGGAUACCAAUGGCGCAAGUUUCAAUGCGACCUGGAUUUGGGAAAAGAAUAUUGAAUAUGUCCACGCCUACCCCAACGUCGGCUACGAAUCCAUUCAACUUCCCACAACAGUGAGCAACAUCGACUCCUUCCACCUCAGCGGUAGCUGGUCCGUCUUCCCCGUUGCCGAUCCAACCGCCUCAGACAUGACCACCGCCCUCAACGCUAUCGCCUGCAAAGCCGAUAUUGCCCUCGAUAUAUUCCUCGACAUGAACAACGUAUCUUCAACCAACGCAUCUGCAGCAUCACACGAAGUCAUGGUCUGGCAAUCUGUCUGGGGCGGCGUCUGGCCAAUCGGAUACUACGAUCCUCCGACCGGCGCUCCGGAGUAUAAUUUGUCUGGAGUAACGUAUCAACUAUUCACGGGACGUAAUCAACAAGGACAGAAACAAGCUGUGUUUUCGUGGGUUCCAACUGUGUAUCAGGAAUCGAUCGAUGCGGAUGUUCACGAGCUUGUGAAAGAAUUGGUAAGGAUUGGGAAUAUUACGGAUGAUAUGUAUCUCGGACUGAUACAGUUUGGAUCCGAGACGGUUCAUGCGAGUGAACCGGUGGAAUUGCAGAUGAAGGAUAUUGAAAUGAGCAUUGGGGUGAGUAGUAGUAGGACGGCGAGUCCGACGGCGACGAGUACGAGUAAAGGAGGGGCGGAAAGGUUUCAGGCACAAAUUACGAAUUUUGCGGUACCGGCUGCUUUGGGACUGGGGGUUAUGCUGGGGAUUUAAAUAUUUGAUGUGGGAUAGGUACUUAUUAAUUACGACUUUAUAUGAAUAUGAGUAAUGUUUUAUUCUCUCAAGUGUUUGAGGAUUGCGACUCAGCAGAGGUAUGGGGACA